AUGCCGAGACACGGUGAGAUAUCGUGGCAGGUAGCUCAACUGGAGAGCAAGGUGGAGUUCAUGAUGGAGAACCUGUUCACCAAGAUAGACAGCAUAUACGAGAAAUCGUCCCAGAUCACUUGCAAGAUAGACCGCGUAUGUGAGAUCUCCUGCAGUAGUGACAAGAACUUCCACGAAACGGAAAUGUUAAGACAAGAAAUAUCUCUGUUACGGAUACGGUUGCAGGAGAUGGCGAACCAGCCGGUGCAGUGUUCGUGUACUCACAACAAGUCCCCAUCUCUAAAGUCCCCUUCUCUAUCCGACCUCACUGUAGCGCUCAUGGAGACUAAGAAGGGGAAUCAGCCACCAUCUAAUACUGCUAAUUUGUGGAAGAAACUUAACAAGACUUACAAAACCCCGAAACCUCAGAAUCUAGUCGACGUUAAAUCCAUCGUUGCGAAGUUUGAUGUCCAUCACACCUGGAACACAGGAGAAGGAGAGUCAGAUGUCUCUAGACCUGCCUCAACUGCUCCUAGUGUUGUAGGGACCCCCGUACCAGCUACCACCCACACUCCGAACCAGGUAUACAUUACUGCAGAUAACAUCUCCUUAAUUCAUAGUGAGCAGUGA